AUGUUCUGCACUGAGGAAUCGAAGGCCAUAGUUUUCGAAGUACAAGAUGAAGAUGAUUUUUCUGAAAAGGUCAUUAACUCUUCUGUACCAGUAAUCGUAGAUUUUCAUGCUGAUUGGUGUGGGCCGUGCAAGAUGUUAGGACCACGUAUUGAAGCUAUAAUUAUUGGUCGAAAAGGAAAUGUUAAAUUAGCAAAAGUUAAUGUUGACUAUGCAACAGAUUUGGCUAUUGAUUACGAAGUGAAUGUAGUACCCACUAUACUUGCAUUUAAAGCGGGUGAAGUUGUUGGACGUAUUGAAGGAGCGAAAAGUGAUGAAGAGCUGGAUAGUUUUGUAGAUACGCUUAUUGAAUAA